GGCUUGUGCAGACUACGGUACAACACGUACACUAGUGACGUAGUCUCUUGUUGACUUUUGCUUUCAGUUCAGUUUUACCAGAUUCUGCGUUACUGUUUACGCCUGGCUGAAUGCGCAGGUGUCACGCGUUUAACACCGAUUAAUUCAGCAUUGACGUCAUCAUGGACCCAAUGGUUAUUGAAGUUCAUGGAGUUCCCUGCAUUCCUCCUCAUGACCGGAUGGUUGAUCAGUUAAAGAUACACUUCCUGAAGCGGAAGAAUAGUGGUGGUGAUGUUUUAACAGUGAUUUAUCCAACUUCUGCUCCAGGCCAGGCAUAUGUCAUAUUUGAAUCAACUGAAGGUAUGGAAGAUCGUUACACACUCACUGUUAGUUACAGUCUUGAGAGAGCAAUGUCUAAAACCUUUGGAUUACCAUCUUGUCUUCCUUUUGUUUUAGUUCCUGGAGUCUUGGCGCAUACUCAUGUUCUAGAUGUAGACAACAGAUUUUAUCCAAUACACGUAAAGAAAGCUCAUUUGUCUGAGGUGGACAUGAAAGUUAAGACCGUGCUGGACUUGAGGAUGUUCCCAAAGCCAGAAUCAGUCUUGAAGCUCCUUAACAAUUAUGGCUUUAACGUAACAGAAUCCAGUUCAUGUCAUGUCCAGUUGAAGGGCUCCUUCUUGAAACUAAAGCUUAUACACAGUGAACUCAUACAGCUUCAGGGUCACGAACAUCACUCCCAUAGUAAAUCUCCAUCUGCUAUUCACAAUGGCUCCUCUUUGGGGUAUGACAUGGAGCGUAAGAGUUUGGAUCCCAGAUUUGUUUCCAAGUCCACAUCGAGGAAUAUGGAUAAAAUGGAUGCUGUCAGUCAGCAGCAGUUACUUGAUAAUGCACCGUCAUCUUCAUAUAGAGAUUCGGCAUCUGGUGGAUCCCCCAGGAGUCUUCAAAGCAGACAUUCAUCCUACACUGAAAGAAAUGCAAGCAGCCCAAUGGAUGCUGCUGUUCAAAAAUUUCAAAGACUGGACAGCAAUGAACUGCUUGCUCAGAGACGGAGCCCCCAUGCUGAUGGUGCAUCAUCAUUCUCAGCAAAUUCUCCAUCUAGUCUCACAUUGCUACACCACACAUCUCCAUUGUAUAAUGAUUCAGCCUCAGGUGGAUACCCCAGGAGUCUUCACAGCAGCUACUACUCAUCUAUUGGAAGUACUAGCUAUAAAGUGGACACUGAUAUCCCAAACUAUGUGCACACGCAACAGCAAAACGUCAUGAGCAAUGAAAUGCUUGCUCAUAGAAGGAGCCACCUUGUUGAUGUUCCAUCCUCGUCAAAAACCUCUACAUACAGCCCCACAAUGCAACACCACACAUCUUAUAGAUAUUCACCCUCAAAUGGAUCUCUUAGGAACUUCCAAGAUGAUACUAGGGCCAGGUCCACUCACACCAGUCCCUCAUCCUCCAGUUUAGGAAUGGCAAGCUUUCCAGUGGACACAGAUAUCAUAAACUUUAUACUCACCCAACGGCAGAAUGAUCUUAAGGGGAUUAAGAAGGACUACGGUACUGAGAUGAAUAUAAAAGAUGGUGUUGGCUUUACAACAGUCACGUUUUUGGGAAAGAACAGUGAGAAAGCUGAAGCAUGUCUUCUGAAUAUCAUUGAGGAGAUCGGACCUUCACUGCGCACCCAAGAAAUACAUCUGAAGGAAUAUGACAGUGUUAAAAAAAAGCAGAUCCUUGAGAGAAUCGAAGGUAAUAAAGACUCGGGUGUUUCGAUCACACACACUGAUGAUGUUGUAAAGCUGGUGGGAGACUCAAGAGGAAGCUUUGAGAUGAUGCAAAAGCUACUAGGACACAAUGAUGCCUCUCAUAGAGGAAGGGCCAUGGAGAGGGGCUCAAAAUCCAGGAGAAGCUCUUCUCUACCCAGACAGUAUAAGAUGGCUGCCAAUGCCCGUGUUACCACUCCUGAAAAUCAGGCAAGUGCUGCAAGCAAAUACUCUCCUUCACAUUAUCAAGAGAAAUCAGAUGAAGGAAAAGCUCAGCAGAUUGUUCAAGGCCCUGAACAGACUACAGCCAAGAAGACCCAACGGACACGCAGCAAUUCAGAGUCUCGAGACAAAAACAGGACAACCAAGGAGCAGGCGUUACCUCAAGUGGAGUUAGAGUCGCCAGGUCGAGGAAAGAAGUCCCCAAAAGAGCAGAGCCAUAAACUCCUAAAACCAUUGAAUACACAUUCUAAAAAUCUUGAUUAUAUAAAGUCUAAGCUUAAAAAACUUAAUUCUACAACCAAAAAACCUGACUAAAUUGCUGUUUACUGAUUAUAUUUGCUGAUAUAUAAAAAGUCAGCAAAAUGUAUUCUAUGAUCUUCAGUACACACUUCAUGUGCAUUUUAGGUGAUUUAUUUCAUUUUUUAUUUUUAUAAUCAAGAUAUUUGUAAUGUUAAUAAUAAUAAUAAUAAUAAACAACUUUAUUUUAUAAAGCGCCUUUAAAUGUUAAACGAUAAAUAAACUACAUUACAUGGUUUUGAACAAUGUAUCCUACAAUAACUAACCAGCACUGAUUGAUUUAUUCUUUCUGGAAUAAAAAAAAUGUAAAGUCACGUAAAAUGAUGGACUUCCUGUGACCUAUUUGCUGUAACUGUUGGUCUGUAUGCCCCACUUAAAGAUCGUGUGUAAUUCUUCUGGCACCAUGAAUCCAAAAUAUCUCUAACCCUAUAUAAAUCCUGACACAUGACAAUCAUUCUCAUUAAAAAAAAAAAAACAA